GGAUUUCACUACUUCUGGCUGUUAGUUAGGUACUUGUUUCUCACUCUCGUUGUCGUCGGUGUCAAGUUCGGAAGAAGGUUGAAGCUUGUUGGUUGGAUUGGAAAGAAGCAGAAAAAAGCUAUAGUCUGCUGCUGUGCUCCAUAGUGGAUAAAAUAUUUGAUUUGCUGUGUUCUAUUCCGUGACGCUCUAUGUGGAUUACGAUUUGUGACGCUACGGAUAGGUGCAAUACUGGAAUAUGUUGCCUAGAAACUGACCUUCCAACAAAAUUAAACAUUUUCUUUGGAAGUAGACCACUGCCAAUUCACCGGAAGUGAUCAUCGCGUUCGGGAAAGUCGAAUCCACCAAAAGAUUUUCGCAAAAUUUGUGGCAGACGGAAAUCUUGUCGUUUCUAAAAGUGAAAAAAAAUUGAUGGAACAUCUGAAAGGUGAAUCGAUUCGGACGUGCAGCUGUUGGAACCAGGAGAAUUCGGGUUUUGGCGACUUGAAAGUAUCGGUGCAGUGAAAAGGCAGAUGUGAGCAAAUUGGUUCGAUUCUGUGGGUAAUGAAUCCGCGGAGACAAUAUAGAGAAGAGGUAAAAGUGCAGGUGAUUGAUUAACAAAACGCCUCCGAGUGGAAAUUUCAUCUGAUAGGAUAAUCGUGAAAACAGCAAGAAAAUGAUUCGCGAAUGACCAAACGAAAGGAAAAGCUAUUGAAGUAGGAGAAGGCAGUAGCAAGGAGGAAUGAGGUAGAUUUGAGCAGUAGAGUGCUAUCGAUUUUCCUCAUGAUCCAUCAAAGAAGGCGUCGAAAAGAGAGUGUAAAAUAACAGCUGAGACGCGAAAGAAAACGGAGAAAAGCUGAGUGAAACUCGGUCCAUGUUACCAACUGUGUACGGUGGUUGGUACGCGAAGCUUGACACCAAGGAACAAAGGAUAGGCUGUUGGCUGGUAUACUCUCGUGGAAGUUGUCGGAAGGAGGCAAGUAGAGUGAAAGCAGUGGGAGAAUAAGUUCACGCACUCACGCACGCGAGUCGAACAUCUGUUCCGAUAGAUUGGAGUGAGAGAAUUGACAGACAAGGAGCACCAAGAAAAAGAGCGACCGAGUCAUAGCGGGUUGACGACAGCGUUGCCAGAUCAUCCGGUUGUCUGGCAACUCUGUUGUUGAAUUUCGUUUACACACACCUACACUCGACAGGAUACCUCGGUAGGAGCGCGUACGCGAACAGAAACGUCUUCCUCCGUGUCCUGGUAGAGGAUAUCUUCUUUUGAGACUCGGUUCAAAAGCGGCUUAUAAAAUAAACUUUAAUCUGACGCUCGGUUGGUUCGGUGGUGCUUCUGAAAUGUCCGACACCGGCAGUGGACACGACGGAGCCCAGAAGGACUACUCGCAGAAAAUGGACGGCGGUGGUGGCGGCGAUUUCGACUCUGGGCAGCAGAGUCAACAGACCGAGCAGGAGCUGGCCACCAAGAUGCUGCAGAUUCAAUCGAAGCGAUUCUAUCUGGACGUAAAACAGAAUCGACGUGGUCGGUUUAUUAAAGUAGCUGAAAUCGGCGCGGACGGCAGACGCAGUCAGAUCUUUCUGGCGCUGUCUACGGCGGCUGAGUUUCGGGAUCACUUGUCGGCUUUCAGCGAUUACUAUGCCUCGCUGGGGCCACCGAACCCGGACAAUGUGCCUGAAGAUGGCAAAUUAAAAUCGGAAAUGAUGAUCAAGGAUAAUCGACGGUACUAUCUUGAUCUGAAGGAAAACGUGCGGGGACGGUUUCUGCGCGUAUCACAGACGAUCACACGCGGCGGUCCUCGAUCGCAGAUUGCCAUCCCAGCGCAAGGGAUGAUCGAGUUUCGCGAUGCGCUUACGGAUCUGUUGGAGGAGUUCGGUACAAACGACGGCGGAUUCAAGGGUGAACUGCCGGAAGGGCGACACAUGCGUGUCGAUAACAAAAACUUUUACUUUGACAUCGGACAAAAUAGUCGGGGCAUCUAUAUGCGGGUUUCGGAGGUGAAAAGCAACUUUCGAACCGCAAUCACCGUUCCGGAAAAGUGCUGGUCGCGGUUCCGUGACAUUCUCAGCGAUUACUGCGAUAAAAUGAAGAAAACGUCCGAGUCAACCACAUCGUCGAUCACUGCCGAUAACCCAUUGCAGAAGCAAGCAUCAAAUAAUAUGUAAAUUAGUGACGAGAGAGACAGAAUUUAUAGAUCCCUUAUUGGCUUCGUUCCGGCUUGCCAUCAUAAUAGUUUCCCAAUUUAUUGAUUAUGCUUGUUGUGUAUUCUCCAUAAUUCUCCUAUCGUUUGGUUGUUUUGUUAGGUUCUCCCACUUGUUUACUUCUGAGAGAUCGGAUAACGUGCUAAAUUAUAAACUGAAGGAUGAGUAUAAAAUAUAUUAUACAUAUAGAGUUAUAAAAAGAGAAAGGAUCAGAUCUAAUCUGAAUAUAAUUCACAGUUAUAAGAUUUAAAUAAAGGAAAAAUCUAACAAAUUAAAUUUAAUGCAGAGAAAAACACACAAGCAAGUUAGACCAAAUCCCAAAAUGAGCGGUCGGUUUAUCUUCUCAAUCAAAUCAUGCGCAAAAAAACUGUGUGAAAUUGUGUUCCUCUUUUAGGCGUAAUAAAAUAUUCGUUAUUUAAAAAUAGUUCAUAAAUGUCGAAGAAGCAUUGGAUUCUCAAAGUAUUCGAGAUGUUUCGUGAGGUCGGCUUACGUUUACAAAUGUAUAAUGUCAUUCAAUUGAUGAUUGGAAUGAACAAAAAGUAUGAAAGUCAGCCUAAAAAGCACAUUUUAUCACACAGUGUUGCGUUCUUUAACUAUUGGAUUUAUCCAAUAAUGGUUUGAUUUUGAAAAUUUUAAAGCACAGAACAAGCUAAGUUGAACGUAGCCGCAACAAUAGCUGGUGUUAGCUAAUAAAUAAAGCAAGAACAAAGCAAAAACAAUUUUCAAAUACAAAGUAAAUGAAGAAGAAAAUUGUGGGAGUAAGGUCAAAUAGAUGCUGAACAAAAUAAACCAGGAAAUCGUAGGCAGUUGAAUGAUGAUCACAAGAAUGUAUGUGUAAAUUAUUUAGUUUUCUUUCUUCUGGAAACCACUAGCUGGAAGUUAAAGCAAGUAAUGAAAUAGAACUAGAGUCUAAACAUCACUUUCGAGAAUAAAAAAGAUGAAGUUCAGAAAUAGCAGUUACACGCCCAGGCAGACAUAACACGGUCAAACAGUUUAUGAAGGUAAAUGACGAAGUCGAUAUAUCUAUAUUACUGUUAAAUGUUACAUAAAAUGGAGAACACUGAUCGAGGAAUGGUGGAAACUUCCCUGAUAAGAAAUAGUAGUUAAUGAAGUCCUGUGGAACCAAAAUCCUUAUUGUAUCUCUGGCAAUGGAAGUGGAUUUUAAUGGAAGAGCAAUCUAGUUGAUUUACCUUUUUUCAGUUAGUUUUCAAAUGCGACGAAAUUUUUUUAUAGUCUUGUUUCAAUAAUCGUGCUUGGCAUUGAUGAUAUGAUAUAUAAGCAAAGAACAAGAACAUUAUAGUCUGGUCAUCCGAGCAGGCAACAGCCUCCUAGAGGCACACGUGCGUGGAUCGGGACCAACAGCUGUGAUCUAUUACAAAUGGGACAAGAAAAAUUCAUAUGCGAUGUAUUCAUAUGUAUUAAUUUGCUAUCCGGGUAUACAAAUACACACGGAGUGAUUCUUCUAAAUAUUACCAGUUCAAGUUUUUUUUUGUUAUGGAAACAGAGUGAUCGGAUGUACGGCUUUGAGAAAUUUUUUUAUGAGUUUUCACUAGAUGUCCGAUUGCUGUUUUGUUGUUGUUUGUUGAUUUGAUAGGUUUACUCACCAACCUUUCCCCAGCACACGAAUUGUGUGAAUCCUUAUUUUUACUACUUCUUUUUAUUUGGUCACAGGUGCAGAUACUUAAGACAUCGAACUGAGUUAAUUAUACGGAUUUUUCAAACGUACUAUUGUAUAGAAAAUUUUUAGUUUGUUGAGAUAUUCUGGUCUGGUACAAAUUUAGAACUUGUCGAAGAUAUUAUUCUUAAGCUUGAGGUACAAUUGUUCUAUUGGAGUCAAUCGAAGAGUAUACAACCGAAACACAAAAUAAUUUGAAUUUUGAAUAUGUUUAUUGUAUGGCGGUGUUUAUUUUUGUCAGUUGAAGUGAUGGCCUAUAGUCAUCAUUCAAGGGUUUCCAACACCUUGCGACGCCGGACCUAUGUACAAGGUCAUGACGUUUUUUAAACGUUUAAAACAUUUUUUUAGGAAUUGUUCGAACUGAUGAUGUUCUAUUGAAUUGUUACAAUCUGUUGUUAUAAAAUUUCAAUUAUAAUGCACAAUCGUAAAUACGCAAUAUUUACUUAACAAAGUCGUCGAUCCACAUCCUCAUUCACAAUACAAAGCUUUUAGUUUUCAUGUAAAUAUUCGAUGAACAUCGAAAACACGAACCGAAAACAGAUUCUGUUAACCUAAAUUUGAUUUUGGCUUGCAUCGGAUGUUAUAUCAAUAGCCCAAAUGUAUGUAAUUGAGUUCAUCGCAUUGAGUGUCGCUUCUUAACGUGUUCAGAAUCUCGAUAUUCACCAACUUUUUGCCGAGCUUGUGUUCAAUAUUUGCUUGUGAGCAAAUUUUAUUAUGACGCUAGGUGUCGCUUUUUAGUGUGUAUUGCAACCGUUUGUGGUCACACUUUCACACCGAUUCUGUAUUUCGUUCGAAUCGAAUUAUUUUGAUCGAACACGAAAUUUAGAAUUUGGUAUCUCGGUCGAGCCCGAGCUUUUCAUACAAAAGGAUGUCGGUCGAAUUAAUGCACAAAAUGCAAAUUUUUACAUUCGAUUGAAAUAUUCCGGUUCGAUUCCGGGUGCAUGAUUUUACGUAUUUGCAACAAUAUUUUUUCUGCAAUCUUCUCAUUUCGUAACGAGUUUCUCUAAUCCGAAUUGGAAAUAGGAAAAUCUGAACUCGCAUUUCAAUCAGACACGCACAACCCUUGCUCUUGUUUGUCUCAUGAAGAUGAAGUAGAUUAAAAUGUAACGGAGCAUAAGUAAAAAGUUUACUUUAGUGGAAAGGGGAGCAAAUUUGUGAAAAUCGGGUGGUCCUAUAGAACGCUAUUGUGUUUUAUUCGGGUCGGACUUCCGGGUCCAAAAUUACAGUGUAAUAUGUGCGAAAAAUGGCAAAAAAUAUGCACUUAAUUUUUUCGUGUGGAUGAACCUAUUUUCACUAUCUUAUAUAAAAUGUCAUACUUUCCAAAAUCCUCUGAACUAGCUAUAUAAAACUUAUGUUGUGUACGUCUUCUUAGUUAUUGGCCAUACAAAUUGACGGUUACGGUACUACAGGGUGGAGUGUGUUCAAAAUUUCAAACCAUCAUUUAGAGCGACGAUGAAGAAAUCGGGAGAAAUUCUUCUAAAUUUGGUUAUUCCAAACUGUUUUGAUUUGUUUGAUAUGAUAGUUUAUGUCCGAACAAACUUUUUUGUUUUGAUUCAAGAUUCAAUGGAAAGCUAUUUUCAAUAGUAUAAUUUAUGAAAGCCUGAGUAACAUGAGAAGGGUACCAUCACACCACUAGGUUGAUGAAAAAGGUUUUUUAAAUAUUGCAAUCAUUGAUAAAAUGCUAAAGAUUAAAUUGCCCCAGUGACGAUUCAAGGCUCUGGUCCAUUCGAAUUGAUUUUUGACAUGAUUUUCACUGAACAUCGUUUUUUUGCAGGGUACUUUGAAAUAUCAAAUUAACUACGAUCAAAUUUGUACGUACAAUAUAUUCAUACAUUUUUUGGACAAUUCGAAGCACUUCCGCGCAAAGUUAAUGCUGGAUUUUUCAGAAAACAAACUCGAACUUUUCAUGUAGGGUGUUGCGUGCAGAAAAAGCUUGGGUCGUUUUGUGGCUUUUAGUGCGCGACAAAGCUUGAAGGACUAUACUACUCUUAGAGACAAAAAAAAAACACACCAUUCUAAUUUACCGAUCGGAAAUAUUCAUGGUCACAUUACAAAGAAUUUGAGGUUUAGCAAAAAAGUGCGGGAAGUUAUUGUGCGAAUCAUUCAAUUUUCUCAUGCUUGGCUCAUGCUGAUAUUGUCCUUAAUCAUUUCAUGAUGUAUUUACUCCGAAAACUCUGGCAAACAGUUACGCCACGUAAAUAUCGAAAUUUUUACAAAAAACAAAAACACAUUUUUAAUUUCUUGCAUUUUUUUGUAAUCUGGUGUACAAAAUGGGGCUUGCGAAUGAGAACAAAGUUUUGAGAGAAACGCAAUUGAGAGGAAACGCUUACUUCGACUAUCCAUAACUCAGCCGGCUUGUUCGCGGUAAAAUCGGGAUAAAUUUGGAACAAAAUAAAUUUGUUGUAAGAUGCAUUUUUCAUCUAGAGUCAUGGUUGCGUAGGAAUGGUAACAAUCGCUUCUUUAGGCAUUGUUCGCUGUAUAUUUACUUGUUUAACGUUCCGGUAGAGAUGAAGCUUUAGAUUUCUCGACCAGAGCUGCAUAUUGCCUGCCAAACCAAAUAUUUUUUGGAUAUUUUCUUUGUCCUGAAAUGCUCCUGUACGCCGUUCUGUUUCCUGGCAGUAUAAAAAGACAAUCCGGAAGCUGCUAAAAGUCUUCCAGCAUAUAAGUUUAAUCGUUCAUUAUCACACAGUCAAACUUAGUCAAAUAUUUGCGAUACAACUGGCGAGCCUGGGGUUUAGCCGUCACAUUCUGUUUAUACUUACGGUUCGGUACAGUUUUUACUCUGAACGACUUCCUACCUUGCCGGUCCUUGAAAGUAUCCCAAAUAGCAAACAUUGUUCUAGCAUUGUAUUUCUUCUCUCUUCUCGCAACGAUUGUGCGAUUAAAAAGCGCAGUUUACUUGAAUGAUGUGUAACAAGUUUCUUGUUUGAUAUGUGUCAUAGCAGUAAUAUUUGUUAAUUAGAAACCGAAAAUGAAACUGCUCAAAUUAACUUUUUGUAGAAUCAGUUGAAUAAACACAAGCAGUAAUAUUAAUUAUUUUCACAUUUGUUUCAAAAACAUGUAAAAUCAUUUGUCAAACAUAGCAACCGUUCUGCAGCAAUUGUGAAACAUGCCCAUUUGAACAAGUUUUUAUUGCUACUUGGGUAUGCAUGAAGGUUGGGGAAAUUUUUAUUUCUCUAGCCACAGUACUUACCGAAAGAUCUGGUCUCUUCUGCAAUAUUUGCUUCGCUGUCGCUUCCUGCUGGUGGUUUAUGAGAUUUUUUUUAGUUCCGCUGUUGUUGAACGAGUAUCGGAAAAUUUAAGAACGUUAUGGGCAAUGCUUGCAGGAAAACCAAGCUAUUUGCAAUUUUUCUUACUGACAGAUCCGAAUCUUCAUUACGACCGCACAGAAUUUCUUUCCGCACUUGUUCUUCUUUCGACGCCAUCUUUGAUCUUAAAGCUUGUAGUAGCAUCAAAAAUUGAUUUUACACAAUCAGCAGACAUACGUUUGUCAGUCUGCGAAAUAUUGAACGCGUUUCGAUUUGAUUUGAUUCUAUUCCCAACCCCGCACAUAGGGUCAGAAAGUAUCGAAGAGGCGAAUGACCUUAAGGUAUAAACCUCUAAACACCAACCUAAUUUGUCAACUGACGGAAAAUUCCAUUUUCAAUGACUUAAUUUUUGAUGAAACUGAAUUUUACUGGUUCCGACUGUAAUUGCGUGAACUUAGACGCUCCAUUUAUGUGAAUUAUAAGAUGUAAAAUCACAAGGUAUUUUUGAAGCGUGUGCAAUAGGGUGUGGUAGUAAUUGAUACAGUUAAUGUUUUGUGUGCGACUUUCUGCUGAAAGACCACGAACCACGGAAAACCUUCUCGUUGUAUCUUAUAAUUGUUCUUAGAUGAUCUUCUAUUUCGAUGAUUUAUCAACCGCAGAUUGUACACUGAACAAUUGAAUCGGUGUUUUUUUUCUUCUGAAGACAUCACCAGACCAGAAAACAACCUCUAAAUCGUUAAUAUGUUGCAUUGAUACCUAAACGGAUAGCGACGACAGCUUUCAAUGAAUUCACCAGUUCGUCAACAAUAUUUCAACAAAUGUAAAAAGUCUGUAGUAUCUUAAGAUGAAAAUAUCAGUCUUUAAAUGAAUAUGUCCUGUAUGCCUAUGACCAUACCCUUAGCCCCCCACAUAGUAGAGUAUAUCCUUUCAUAAAUGUGAUACUGAAAACACGAGAGAAUCGGGACGGAGUGUAGCAUCAUCUCUCUCCAGGUGGUGCACGUUAUUCGAUGAAUACUAAUGUAAAUGUACAACACACGAUCAAGUAAAGCAAAGAGUCCUUAUAUAAAAAAAAUAUUCCGCUAAGCGGAAAUCACGAGAAAUGGUCGGAUGUAAUCCGGUGGCACUCAAGAGUUUGGCUGAAAAAGAAACACCUAUCAGCAGCAUGAUUUUCGAGUUUUUGUUCGAUCGGAAUUGGGAAAACAAACGGUAUUCAAACAGUUGAUCACUGUUGCCUGUUAAUUUGUUAGUUGAUUAUUUUAACCUAAUUAAUACUAGAACACAGCUAGUAACAGUUGGAUAUUCAAAGGUAACACGUCACAUACGGUGAGGUUCAGUAAACAGACGGGGCAACAUGAAUAUAGACACUGUGGAAAAUUUGUUUUUGUUUUGAAACACACGGUAUGAAGUAUUUCAUGAAUUUGGAACCUGAAGAAAACAAUAAAGGGGAAACACUGCAAGCAAAACGAUGGUUCUUUUUUUAUAAACGGCAACUACAAAAACCGCGAAACCAGAUUAUUAUCAAUUAUUAUUAAAAUAAUUAUUAUCUACUGCAUUAAAAUAGUAACAACAACAACAACAAAAACUAUAUUAUGAAUAUUGUGAAGAAUUUUAAAUUAUGUUGUCUUUUUCUCAAGUCUAUUAUAGCGAUAAAGAAAAUAUAGUAAUGAAAAAAAAAACGACAGAUUGGAGGACAAAUAAUAAAAAAAAUACUGAAAAAUACAAAAAAUAUGAAAGAGAAAUAUAUAGUAGGUAUAUUAUAAUGAUAAAAAUGUUCCCGAAUCGAGAUGAUGUUCAGUUAAGUCUCAAAAACAGCAAACUGUGAAAUCUUUGUGUUACAAAUAAAAUAUAAACUGCGACGGUAUCGCCUGGCGAUGUGUUAUAUUUUCUCUCUCCUACAAAACGAUGGCGUUCAAAACGCUCAAUUUUAAUGAACAGCAUUCUAGCGACAUACCCUGUUAAAUUUGCAGUAAUUUUAAUUGCCUUAUUUUGUACGAUAAACUAGAUACGAUAGUCUUUGCGUUUUUUUUAAUGCCAUUCCUUUCAGGUCACCCUGUGUUGUGGUCGAAAGAGAUGAAUAUUAAGAAGUAAGAACAAGCAUAAUGUUUUUUCCAGUCGUAAUUCGCAACCAUAGAAUAUAGUCAGGAGUACACUCGUAACACACAGGGGGUGUCUCGAAAGUGUUAGGUUUUCUUUCUCACUUUUUUUCUACGGGGUGAUCGAUUUCCACUCUGUUUUAGUUUCCGUAGUAGCGCUAUUAUACGUAAUAACAAAGAAUUAAAAGCAUAGAAAACCAACAAAACUAAAAACGAAAGCUAUUCGUCAUUCAAAAGAGUAAAAAAAAACGACAAAUAUAUAGAUGAGAAAUUUAUCGAAGAAAAACAAAACAUAGUAACUAGUUUUCCUUAACCCCCACGAAGCAAACUGAACCGAAAAACCUGUGCGAAGUACUAUUUUGAGUGAUCCCUAAUUGUGUUUGGCGUCAUUGUUCGCCAGGAUUUACAGUGAAAUGCUCUUGGUUAAGUUUAAAGUUAUAUUUUUUAUUUCAACUUUGAAAAUUAUUUGUUUCGAUUUAAAAAUUUCAAUCAGAAUCAUCACUGGCGGACAGUUCCGUUAUCUGAGCAAUUUUCAUAAAUUCACUUGUUCUUUGUUGAUAUUUUUUUUUGAAUUUAGAAUCUUGUUUCUAGGUAUAUAAAUUGGAGAAAAUAAAAGCUAUGACACUACCUUUAUCGUUGGUACAUUAGGACACGAUAAAAAAACGAUAAUAUAACGUAUUUUAGGUGAAAUGAAGUUUUUCGGUUUGAUUUUUUAUAUAGACUUCUAAAUUAUUUAAUCUGUUUAUAAACGCUUUCCUGAGAAUAAUGAAAAAAAUAGAAGAAAAAAAUCAAUACGAAUAAAAAGAGUAAAUAAAACAAAGAGAAGAAAGAAUGUAAAACAAAAAAAAAGUUGCUGUAAAAGGCAACAUUCAAAAAAAGGAUAACGCUCUAGAGUUCGCGAAUCAAAUGAUCAAUCUAGAUAAACGGUUUUAUUCUUUGAUUAAGAUACUAGAGAAGAGCAUAUGUAAACCAAGUGUGCAAACCAACCAGAGCACGAGCGUAGUAUGGGCUUUAGAAUACGGGAAAUUCUACAAGUAUCAACACAGCGGUGGUACACCGAAGGGAUGAUUUGAUGUGUGUAAGCAGAAUUCAUUUUUAAACGUGGUCUCAACAACCGGAAUAAUCAAUAGUUUCCUGUUCCAUAAAAUUCUUGAUGGAAACAUGGUUGAGUUUUCCAUGUAGGUUUCCUCUGACGGCAGGAAGAGUUACCAAAAGCCUUUGCGAGGAAUAAUGAAUUACUUAUUGCCACAUUUUAUUAUCGCUAGAAAUAUUUCAAAGCUACACUUACACAAUUCAGUAAAAUUCAAACAGACACAAUGGAUCAAUAGAAAUAGCUAACAGAGCAGAGUAUCAAUCACCAGUCCCAGAAAAGAGAAUAACGAAAUAUAGCCCGAAGGAAACAAACGAGCGAAACAUUCGGCGUAACGAAUAAGCGCUGAGGCAAAAACCUGCUGUCGUGGAGAAACAGAAAAAAAUACAUGCACUAGUGUUGUAAUGGAUAAUGGAAUAAACAAGUCGACAGCUUAAACAAAAGGUGUUUUGAUUAUUUGAUUCAGGUGUUACAAUGUUAGUAGGAAAUAUACUAAUAAAUGUGAUUACAAACAACAAAA